AUUAGCAGAGUGCGCCACAAAGAUCAGCUACACCACUGCAGCCAACCACUCCAGCCACUGCAGAAUGAUUUCCUUCACCAGAGGCGUCUGUCUCCUCUUGACAGCGUUAUUGUGCUUUUAUCUACCUACAGGCAAAGCUGGAGGUGAUUCCGACAUUCCUCAGAACUUAAUAGUGUUGCCGCAGGGGCCAUCCAUCAUGCUGGUGACUUGGAGGAAACCUUCCACUACUGAUGUCAGCCACUACUUCGUAUAUGUGGAGGGCGAACACAUGCAAGACACAACUGAUAAGACCUAUUACUUUUGGGAAGGUCUCGAAGACUGCACGACCUACACAUUUGGAGUGAAGACCGUAUCAUCUAGCGGAGUCAUGAGUGACGCGGCUGUGGUCGACGGACAGACUGACUCCAGCAAUCUCCCGGAGCCACAAGGACUCCGCGUGGAGGAUGACACCUACAAUUCUGUGACGCUGGCGUGGGAGAAGCCUAACACGCAGUGUGACAUCGAACAUUACAGAGUGACCUACCAAGAAAAUGGAUCCCAGCCCAAAGAGAUCCUGGUGAAAGAGACAACAGUGAAAGUGUCACCACUGACGCCAGAAACACUUUACACCUUCAGUGUGUACGCUUCUACCUUAACUGGGGAAGGUUCAGCCGCCUCCAUUACAUACACCACGACAACACCUUCCGGUGAUCCUCCUCAGGACCUCGUCGCUGAGGGAAUCAGCUCCUCUGCUAUCAAUGUCAGCUGGUCUCCACCGGCCCUGCUACCAGACUAUUAUUCCAUCACUGUUCUCAUCGCUGGUGUAUAUGAUUUAAGAGUUUUCGACACCCAGUACUUGAUUGAUGGUCUGCGACCAUGCACGACGUAUGAUAUUACCGUCAGUUCCUAUUACGCCAAAACGGAUGCAAGUUUCCCAGCGACAGUCUGGAGUAAAACAAAGGACGAUAUUCCGUUGGUGCCCACAGACUGUUCAGUUGAUGCACAUGAAGGCUACAUCACAGUAUCUUGGCACAAACCAACAAGCUACUGCGCCCUGGGACCUUACAGCGUGGACUGGACGGUGAAAAAGUUAUGGGGAGAUGGAGAGGAGAAAAGCUACAACGAAACCAUCAACGGACUCUCCCACUCGAUUUUUGACCCGCCGCCCUACCACAGCUACACCUUCGAGAUCGCUGCCUCCGUUGACGGCAUCUUCGGCGACUCCACCUCGUGCAGUGGCAACUCCCUCGAUACAAAUGCGGGGCCACCGGUGCUCGUGUCCGUGGUGGCGGAGCCCCAGGGUGAGGUGCGGGUCACGUGGGAGCCUCCUGCCGAGGAGAAUGGACAAAUCAUUGAGUACGGAAUAUUUGUAGAUAACUCAACCAACUCUGUGAAGAAUGUGAGCGGGGAAAUGCACACCACGACUGUCACUCUGGAUGGGUGUUACAGUGUCUCCAUCUCUGUGGCGGCUCGUAACCACGCCGACAAGGAUGACGGGUGGGGGCAGCGGUCUGAGGAAAAGGAAGUGAUUCCCCGUAACGAUGUGCUGCCAGAACGGCUGGACUGUCUCCAGCCCGGUCCUGAUGUGCGGGCGUGUUGGCGUCCUUACCGCACAUACUGUCCAGUGUCGCAAUACAACCUCCAGUGGGAAGGAAAGGUGACCUGGUCACCUGGCAUCACAGACUCGAAUAGCACCACGCUGGGUUGGAGCAUGGACGAGAUCUGCUACGACAUUUACUCGAUUCCCUACACUGAGUACAUAGUUAGACUCAGUGUGGGCACGAAUACGUUCGAAUUUCUAAAUUGCUCGACCAUCACUCCCAUGGCAGCCUCCAGUCCCCCGACAAAGCUGCAGCAAAUAGCAAAGGAAGCCCACUCCGUAACAGUGGAGUGGUCUUUGCCGGAGUUUCCUCGCGGAGAGUUAUCGGGGUGGUACCUGUACUGGACGACCGCUAUCGGACACUUUAUGGGCGAACACGUCACGGAAAGCCCUGAUGAACGCAUGAUGGAGAUCCGCAGCCUCCAGCCAUCAGAGGUGUACUAUGUGCAUGUCAUGGCGGUGAACGGCGCUGGGCGUGGCGAGGAGGCGAUGGUGGAGGCGGCCACACAUGUGCCAAUAUCAUCACGGUGUGCCACAAACAUCACUGCGCCGCUGCAGCCAGCUACUCCAGGCACAGCAGAAAUGUAUUCCAACCCCAGAGGCGUCUGCCUCUUCCUGGCGUUGUUGAUGCGCUACCAUCUACCUGCAGGUGCAGCUGAAGCUAAACCCGUUCCUCCUCAGAACUUGAAAGUGAUUCCUUCGGGGCCAUCCAUCAUACUGGUGAUGUGGGGGGAAUCCUCCAGUGCUGAUGUAGACCACUACUAUGUGUAUAUGGAGGACGAGGACAUGGAAGAUACAGCUACUCAUAACUUCUAUAUGUGGGAAGGUCUCGAAGACUGCACGAUCUACACUUUCGGAGUGAAGACCGUGUCAUCAAGCGGAGUCAUGAGUGACCCAGCCUUGGCCGACGGAGAGACUGAUGCCGGCUACCCACCAGAACCACAAGGUCUCCGCGUGAAGGAUUACACGUAUAACGCGGUGACGCUGGUGUGGGAGAAGCCUGCCACGCUGUGUGAUAUCGAACAGUACAGAGUGACCUACCAAGAGAAUGGAUCCAUGCCCGAAGAGACUCUGGUGAAGGAGACGACAGUGGAAGUGUCACAACUGAAGCCAGAAACACUCUACACCUUCAAAGUGUCCGCUUCUACAUCACUGGGGCAAGGACCUGCCGCUUCCAUUACCCAGAUCACAAUGGCAGUUCAUGCAGCUGGAGAUAAACCCGACCCUCCUCCAGACUUGACACUGGUUUCUUCGGGGCCAUCCAUCAUGCUGGUGACGUGGGGGAAAUCCUCCAGUGCUGAUGUAGACCACUACUAUGUGUAUGUGGAGGACGAAGACAUGAAAGAUGCAACUGUUCAUAACUUCUAUAUGUGGGAAGGUCUCGAAGACUGCACGUUCUACACUUUCGGAGUGAAGACUGUGUUAUCAAGCGGAGUCAUGAGUGACCCAGCCUUGGCCGACGGAGAGACUGAUGCCGGCUACCCGCCAGAGCCACAAGGACUCCGCGUGGGGAAUUAUACCUAUAACGCGGUGACGCUGGUGUGGGAGAAGCCUGCCACACUGUGUGACAUCGUACAGUACAGAGUGACCUACCAGAACAAUGGAUCCCUGCCCAAGAAUACUCUGGUGGACGAGACGACAGUGGAAGUGUCACAACUGAAGCCAGAAACACUCUACACCUUCAACGUGUCCGCUUCUACAUCACUUGGGCAAGGACCUGCCGCUUCCAUUACCCAGACCACAAUGGCAGUUCCCGGCCCUCCUCAGGACCUCGUCGCCGAGGGAGUCGGUUCCUCUGCCAUCAAUGUCAGCUGGUCUCCACCUGUCGUGACACCAGAAAACUAUUACGUCUCUGUGGAAAUCGCUGGUAUAUAUGAGAAGAGAGUUUUCGACACCCAGUACUUGGUUGAGAACCUGAAACCAUGCAAGACAUAUGAGAUCACCGUCAGUUCCUAUUACAUCGAGACGGGCGAAAGUUUCCCAGCGAGGGUCGUGGGUGAAACAAAGGGCGACAUUCCGUCGGCGCCCACAGACUGUUCAGUUCAAGCAUAUAAAAGCUACAUCUCCGUAACUUGGCAAAAACCCUCAAGCUACUGCGCCCUGGGACCUUACAGCGUGGACUGGACGGUGAAAAAGUUAUGGGGAGAUGGAGAGGAGAAAAGCUACAACGAAACCAUCAACGGACUCUCCCACUCGAUUUUUGACCCGCCGCCCUACCACAGCUACACCUUCGAGAUCGCUGCUUCCGUUGACGGCAUCUUCGGCGACUCUACCUCGUGCAGCGGCAACUCCCUCGAUACAAAUCCGGGGCCACCGGUGCUCGUGUCAGUGGUGGCGGAGGCCCAGGGUGACUUGCGAGUCACGUGGGAGCCUCCUGUCGAGAAGAAUGGACAAAUUAUUGAGUACGGAAUAUUUGUAGAUAGUUCAACUAACUUUGUGAAGAAUGUGAGCGGGGAGGUGCACACCACGACCGUCAUUGUGGAGCCGUGCGUCAGUGUCUCCCUCUCUGUGGCGGCUCGUAACCACGCUGACAAGGAUGACGGGUGGGGGCAGCGGUCUGAGGAAAAGGAGGUGAUUCCCCCUGGCGAUGUGUUGCCAGAUUCUGUAGAAUGCUACAAUUCCGCGCGUGAUGUGCAGGCGUGUUGGCUUCCUUACAACAAAUACUGUCCAGUGUCGCAGUACAACCUCCAGUGGGAAGGAAAGGUGCUCUGGUCACCUGGCACCACAGACUCAAACAGCACGACGCUAGAUUGGAGCCCAGAGGAGUUUUGCUACAACAUUUCUUCGAUUCCCUACACAAAUUAUAGAGUCAGUCUCAGUGUGGGCACGAAUACGCACGUAUCUGUAACCUGCUCCUCCACAAGUCCCAUGGCAGCUCCUGGACCGCCGACGCUGGAGGAGAUUCAGGCAGAGAACCUGACAAUCAACGUCACCUGGAAAGAACCUCAACAGAAGAAUGGAAUCAUUAGUAAUUAUCGAGUGGAAUGGACGGACUGGGAUGGUAACACUGACUCUAAAGUCACAGACGGGAGCACGUAUUCUUAUCAAAUAAUGUUAAACUCGUGUGGCGGGGAGGUAGAUGUGAUAGUGAGUGCGAAGACUUCUGAUGUUGAAGGAUUUGAGAGAGAUCCCAGCCAGGAAGGGCUUUCCUCACGAGGCUCGGGCUUUCUCUCUGUUAACGGGAAUGAUUUAUCCACCACUGUGGGAAAUCUGAUUCCUUACUCUGAGAUCUCGGUGGCGGUCCACAUCAGUAACUCUCCGCUGGCAACCGUUUGCAACACCAUAACACAGGAGGAAAAUGCGGGGCCACCGGUGCUCGUGUCCGUGGUGGUGGAGGACCAGGGUGAGGUGCGAGUCACGUGGGAGCCUCCUGUCGAGAAGAAUGGACAAAUUAUUGAGUACGGAAUAUUUGUAGAUAGUUCAACUAACUUUGUGAAGAAUGUGAGCGGGGAGGUGCACACCACGACCGUCAUUGUGGAGCCGUGCGUCAGUGUCUCCUCUCUGUGGCGGCUCGUAACCACGCUGACAAGGAUGACGGUGUUGCCAGAUUCUGUAGAAUGCUACAAUUCCGCGCGUGAUGUGCAGGCGUGUUGGCUUCCUUACAACAAAUACUGUCCAGUGUCGCAGUACAACCUCCAGUGGGAAGGAAAGGUGCUCUGGUCACCUGGCACCACAGACUCAAAGAGCACGACGCUAGAUUGGAGCCCAGAGGAGUUUUGCUACAACAUUUCUUCGAUUCCCUACACAAAUUAUAGAGUCAGUCUCAGUGUGGGCACGAAUACGCACGUAUCUGUAACCUGCUCCUCCACAAGUCCCAUGGCAGCUCCUGGACCGCCGACGCUGGAGGAGAUUCAGGCAGAGAACCUGACAAUCAACGUCACCUGGAAAGAACCUCAACAGAAGAAUGGAAUCAUUAGUAAUUAUCGAGUGGAAUGGACGGACUGGGAUGGUAACACUGACUCUAAAGUCACAGACGGGAGCACGUAUUCUUAUCAAAUAAUGUUAAACUCGUGUGGCGGGGAGGUAGAUGUGAUAGUGAGUGCGAAGACUUCUGAUGUUGAAGGAUUUGGAGAGAUCCCAGCCAGGAAGGGCUUUCCUCACGAGGUAGCACUGAGCUGGGAGCUCCAGAAUUCGAAAUGUUCGGUCGACUAUUACAACGUUACGUGGAGCUUCAAUUCGCUUUGGUCUGAUGACAAAGGCUCGGGCUUUCUCUCUGUUAACGGGAAUGAUUUAUCCACCACUGUGGGAAAUCUGAUCCCUUACUCUGAGAUCUCGGUGGCGGUCCACAUCAGUAACUCUCCGCUGGCAACCGUUUGCAACACCAUAACACAGGAGGAAAAUGCGGGGCCACCGGUGCUCGUGUCCGUGGUGGUGGAGGACCAGGGUGAGGUGCGAGUCACGUGGGAACCUCCUGUCGAGAAGAAUGGACAAAUUAUUGAGUACGGAAUAUUUGUAGAUAGUUCAACUAACUUUGUGAAGAAUGUGAGCGGGGAGGUGCACACCACGACCGUCAUUGUGGAGCCGUGCGUCAGUGUCUCCCUCUCUGUGGCGGCUCGUAACCACGCUGACAAGGAUGACGGGUGGGGGCAGCGGUCUGAGGAAAAGGAGGUGAUUCCCCCUGGCGAUGUGUUGCCAGAUUCUGUAGAAUGCUACAAUUCCGCGCGUGAUGUGCAGGCGUGUUGGCUUCCUUACAACAAAUACUGUCCAGUGUCGCAGUACAACCUCCAGUGGGAAGGAAAGGUGCUCUGGUCACCUGGCACCACAGACUCAAACAGCACGACGCUAGAUUGGAGCCCAGAGGAGUUUUGCUACAACAUUUCUUCGAUUCCCUACACAAAUUAUAGAGUCAGUCUCAGUGUGGGCACGAAUACGCACGUAUCUGUAACCUGCUCCUCCACAAGUCCCAUGGCAGCUCCUGGACCGCCGACGCUGGAGGAGAUUCAGGCAGAGAACCUGACAAUCAACGUCACCUGGAAAGAACCUCAACAGAAGAAUGGAAUCAUUAGUAAUUAUCGAGUGGAAUGGACGGACUGGGAUGGUAACACUGACUCUAAAGUCACAGACGGGAGCACGUAUUCUUAUCAAAUAAUGUUAAACUCGUGUGGCGGGGAGGUAGAUGUGAUAGUGAGUGCGAAGACUUCUGAUGUUGAAGGAUUUGGAGAGAGAUCCCAGCCAGGAAGGGCUUUCCUCGUGAACUCAAACGAGGUAGCACUGAGCUGGGAGCUCCAGAAUUCGAAAUGUUCGGUCGACUAUUACAACGUUACGUGGAGCUUCAAUUCGCUUUGGUCUGAUGACAAAGAUGCGGGGCCACCGGUGCUCGUGUCCGUGGUGGUGGAGGACCAGGGUGAGGUGCGAGUCACGUGGGAGCCUCCUGUCGAGAAGAAUGGACAAAUUAUUGAGUACGGAAUAUUUGUAGAUAGUUCAACUAACUUUGUGAAGAAUGUGAGCGGGGAGGUGCACACCACGACCGUCAUUGUGGAGCCGUGCGUCAGUGUCUCCUUCUCUGUGGCGGCUCGUAACCACGCUGACAAGGAUGACGGGUGGGGGCAGCGGUCUGAGGAAAAGGAGGUGAUUCCCCCUGGCGAUGUGUUGCCAGAUUCUGUAGAAUGCUACAAUUCCGCGCGUGAUGUGCAGGCGUGUUGGCUUCCUUACAACAAAUACUGUCCAGUGUCGCAGUACAACCUCCAGUGGGAAGGAAAGGUGCUCUGGUCACCUGGCACCACAGCUCCUGGACCGCCGACGCUGGAGGAGAUUCAGGCAGAGAACCUGACAAUCAACGUCACCUGGAAAGAACCUCAACAGAAGAAUGGAAUCAUUAGUAAUUAUCGAGUGGAAUGGACGGACUGGGAUGUGCGAAGACUUCUGAUGUUGAAGGAUUUGGAGAGAUCCCAGCCAGGAAGGGCUUUCCUCGUGAACUCAAUCUCGCACUUGUCAUGUAAUGCCAUUGCGCCAGACGAGGUAGCACUGAGCUGGGAGCUCCAGAAUUCGAAAUGUUCGGUCGACUAUUACAACGUUACGUGGAGCUUCAAUUCGCUUUGGUCUGAUGACAAAGGCUCGGGCUUUCUCUCUGUUAACGGGAAUGAUUUAUCCACCACUGUGGGAAAUCUGAUCCCUUACUCUGAGAUCUCGGUGGCGGUCCACAUCAGUAACUCUCCGCUGGCAACCGUUUGCAACACCAUAACACAGGAGGAAAAUGCGGGGCCACCGGUGCUCGUGUCCGUGGUGGUGGAGGACCAGGGUGAGGUGCGAGUCACGUGGGAGCCUCCUGCCGAGGAGAAUGGACAAAUCAUUGAAUACGGAAUAUUUGUAGAUAACUCAACCAACUUUGUGAAUAAUGUGAGCGGGGAGGUGCGCACCACGACCGUCAUUGUGGAGCCGUGCGUCAGUGUCUACAUCUCUGUUGCUGCUCGUAAUAACGCCAAGAAGAAUGACGGGUGGGGCCAGCGGUCUGAGGAAAUGAAAGUGACCGAUGAUGCCGAUGUGCUGCCAGAACGGCUGGACUGUCUCCAGCCCGCGCCUGAUGUGCGGGUGUGUUGGCGUCCUUAUCGCACAGACUGUCCAGUGUCGCAAUACAACCUCCAGUGGGAAGGAAAGGUACUCUGGUCACCAGGCACCACAGACACGAAUAGCACCACGCUGGGUUGGAGCAAAGACGAGAUUUGCUACAAUAUAUCCUCCAUUCCCUACACUGAGUACAUAGUUAGACUCAGUGUGGGCACGAAUACGGAGAAAUUUCUAAGUUGCUCGACCAUCACUCCCAUGGCAGCCUCCAGUCCCCCGACAAAGCUGCAGCAAAUAGCAAAGGAAGUCCACUCCGUAACAGUGGAGUGGUCUUUGCCGGAGUUUCCUCGCGGAGAGUUAUCGGGGUGGUACCUGUACUGGACGACCGCUAUCGGACACUUUGUGGGCGAACACGUCACGGAAAGCCCUGAUGAACGCGUGAUGGAGAUCCGCAGCCUCCAGCCAUCAGAGGUGUACUAUGUGUAUGUCAUGGCAGUGAACGACGCGGGACGUGGCGAGGAGGCGGUGGUGGAGGUGGCCACUCAGUACGUGCCAUGACCAAGGCGGCCCUGACCAACACAGCUCGCAUCAUAUUCCGAAAUGCUUUUCUGCGGCACCCUAGUUAUUGUUCGGGGGCUCUACUUGAAGUCACACAGGUCUAUAAGGGUGUAAUUUUUUUAUGAUUAGCGAUAGUUCUAUAUUAAUUUAGUGUUAUCAGAAAAAACGUGCUUCAGAACCAGGCCAAUUAUAUCUGUGGCCUUUAAUGAAAGUCGUAGUGAGAAGGCAAAAGCUUUUAAGAAUAUUGGUUGGAGCCUCAAAAAUGACUGUGUCUUGUCUGACCCUUAAGCUUAAAGUGAUUUACCGCCUGAAGAGUUGGUUCCUAUGAGUUCAUUGAAGACACUUGUAUACGCAUUACUUUACAAUUGUAGUGGUCUUAUAAAGGAAUAAUUGUUUCAUUGGAUUUUAGAUAUAGUAUAAGUCUGUAGUAUGUGAGGGUUGUAGAUUUGGGUCUUCGUGAUGAGCUGUUGUGCAUGAAUUAGAUUGCCUGCAUAACACAAGCUUACUGACAUUCAUGGUUGUGGUAUCUGGGGGCACCGUGUAACUCUUCAUGUAUUACAGAGCCUGGUGAUUCUCAAUGAAGGAAUGAUUACCAUGCAUGAUCUUCAAAAAUGCUGUGUCCUGUGUCUGUUUUGUGUUUUGCGUUUGAGAAAUACGUAUUUUGUCUGUUUAAAAUAUAAACAUGCACAGAA